AAGGAUGGAAGCAUGGUGCAGCUGCCCGGAGGGACGUUCCAGAUGGGAUCCAGCUCCCUGGAGAAGAGGAACGAGGAGGGGCCUGCCAGGGAGGUGACAGUGAAGCCGUUUGCUGUCGACAAAUUCCCCGUCACAAAUAGAGACUUCAGGGAGUUUGUUAGAGAAAAGAAAUACAAAACAGAAGCAGAAGCAUUUGGCUGGAGCUUUGUCUUUGAGGAUUUCGUACCUGAAGAGCUGAAAAAAAAAGUCACCCAAAAACUGGAGUCAGCCCCGUGGUGGCUGCCCAUUGAGAAGGCUUUUUGGAGACAGCCUUCAGGUCCUGGCUCCAGCAUUAAGGACAGGCUGGAUUACCCAGUGCUGCACGUGAGCUGGAAUGAUGCAAAGGCUUUCUGUGCCUGGAAAGGGAAGAGGCUCCUGUCGGAGGAGGAGUGGGAGUUUGCUGCCAGGGGAGGACUGGAGCGAAGGCUGUAUCCCUGGGGAAACAAGUUCCAGCCUAACCGUACAAAUCUAUGGCAGGGUGAUUUCCCACGGGUCGACACGGCUGAGGAUGGUUAUCACGGCGUCUCACCAGUGACAGCAUUCCCUCCUCAGAACAGCUAUGGGCAGCCACUCUACGACCUGCUGGGAAACACCUGGGAAUGGACAGGGUCGGAAUACCUGGCUCGAGGGCAGCCAUCCAGGCAGCGAGCUCAGAACAUGCAGGUCCUGAGAGGAGCCUCAUGGAUUGACACUGCAGAUGGGUCUGCAAACCACAGAGCUCAUGUUACCACCAGGAUGGGGAACACACCAGACUCAGCCUCUGACAACCUGAGCUUCCGCUGUGCUGCCGACAUCCCUCCUGUCACAGCCCAGAAAAGCCGGACCAAACCCGAGCUCUGA